CGGCCAAAUUGUAUGUGCACAACUAUUAAAUUGUUUGUACAGGAAGCGGGACUGAAAAAAAACAGCUUAUUAAAACGAAACACAUUAAAAAGUGGGAAAAGGAUAAGUGUCUAGGAAUUGCAACUAGCAUCCAAUGAUAGGUUCAAUUCACUCCACUUUUCUCAUAUGCAGGUUCACUGUUUUACCAUUUUUUUGCUCUAACCCUGCAGGAUCAUGAGGUGUUUUAUGAUCACUACGGAUGUGUUUUAUCUCAAAAUUUAGUGCUUAAAGUAUUAAUUUCUUGUUAACCCAUGAUUACUUUUUCUUGAAUGAUACUUGUAUCUGGGUUUUAGUGCAGGCAGCUUAAAUAAGUAUAAUUCUGACCCACAACUGCCAUGACGAGUUCUUCCGACUGCCAAUUUGCUCAUCAAAGAUUGGUUUCUUUGUAUAAAUCAACUUGUUUUUUCUCUGCAUGAAAUCAACACUCCCAAAGUUUUAAGAGCAAAUGGCGGGUGAACCAGUUAAUGCGAAUGAAUUUCAAGAGCUUGCUAGGAAAGCCCUUCCGAAGAUGUACUAUGACUUCUAUGCUGGAGGAGCUGAUGAUCAACACACACUAAAAGAUAACAUUGAAGCUUUUCAUAGAAUUAUUAUUCGACCUAGAAUUCUCAUUGAUGUGGGAAGAAUCGAUACGUCGGCUACAAUUCUGGGUCACAAGACUUCUGCCCCCAUUAUGAUUGGCCCAACGGGAAUGCAUAAACUUGCCCAUCCUGAGGGUGAAGUUGCAACAGCUAGAGCUGCAGGUGCAUGUAAUAUCAUAAUGGGAAUGUCAUUCUCAUCAACCUGCACCAUAGAUGAAGUUGCCUCUAGCUGUGACGCUGUUCGCUUCUUUCAAGUCUAUGUAUUCAAAAAGAGGUAUGUGACUGAAUUAAUGGUACAAAGAGCUGAGAGGAAUGGGUUCAAGGCACUAAUUGUUACUGUUGAUACACCAAGGCUGGGUAGAAGGGAAGCAGACAUUAAAAACAAAUUUGUACCACCUCAGUUAAAGAAUUUUGAAGGCCUUAUCUCAACCUCAGUUGUCCCGGAGAGUGGUUCAGGACUUGAGGCUUAUGCAUCAUCAACUCUUGACAGUUCCUUAAAUUGGAAGGAUAUUGCUUGGUUAAAGUCAAUUUCAACGUUACCAAUCCUGCUCAAGGGGAUACUGACUCAUGAGGAUGCAAAAAAAGCACUGGAAGUGGGAGUUGCAGGCAUUAUUGUGUCUAACCAUGGAGCUCGCCAGCUCGAUUAUUCUCCACCUAGUAUAUCUGUUCUUGAAGAGGUAGUUGUUGCGGUGGAGGGAAAGAUUCCGGUAUUGUUUGAUGGAGGGGUGAGGCGAGGGACAGAUAUAUUUAAGGCCUUAGCUCUUGGUGCACAAGCAGUUUUGAUUGGGAGGCCGAUAAUCUUCGGGUUGGCUGUAAAAGGAGAAAAGGGGGUGAAACGCGUGUUAGAGAUGCUGAAGGAUGAACUUGAGCUGACCAUGGCCCUUUCUGGCUGUUGCACUCUUAAAGACAUCACCAGAGCACAUGUCAAGACUGAGAGUGAGAGCCUUGUUUGCCGGCUCUAGUAAUUUCUUCCUAAAAUGAAAAAGCACACUUUUCUCAAGAUAUCUUGGUUUCUUCUUCUUUUAACAAAAGAAUUCUAUAUGUUUGUACAUUUCUAAAUAAAUCAUCUCCAGAGAUUUGAUUGGUAAAAAAUACGUAGUAUGUACUUUACAAAAUAAAUGAGAAAAAUAUGGGACGGAUAGAUCAACAAUUCUUGUUGUACGCAUUUUAUUGUUUUACAGGCAGAACUUGACCAAAAUCUGUACGGGCAGAACCGCAGAACUAACCUAUGGUUAUAUACACUUAUACUAGC